ACCAACAGCGAAUAUGCUUCGUGAGUAGCCUGGUGGGGCCGUUCCUUGAGAUGACGCUGGUGCCGCAACCCGAACUACGACGAGCCACGCUUCCCAUCUUCUUUGAUCUACUGCAAGCUGAGCAACAGGCUAAAGGGAACUUCAAGCAGGUGGAAACAGAACUCAUCGACAAGUUGGACAUUUUGAUUAGCGAAAACAAAGGCAACGACCAAUACCGUCAACUUUUCAACACCAUGGAGCAUCUCAGUGCUUUACUGCUGGAGAAGGUGCGCAGCGAUGACCCGGUAUGGCGGGACAGCGGCGCAGCGUUCGUACAGUCAGUGACGCGGCUGCUGGAGCGCCUGCUCGACUACCGCAGCGUCAUGCAGGGCCACGAUAACAGCGAUAAGAGGAUCAGCUGCACCGUCAACCUCCUCAACUUCUACAAAAACGAGGUAAACAGACAGGAGAUGUACACGCGCUACAUCUACAAGCUACACGACCUACACUUGCCUGCUGGUAACUACACAGAGGCGGGCUUCACGCUUCAGCUUCACGCUAACCAGCUCGACUGGAGCAGCCGAGUCCUGCACGCUGAUUUGCUGUAUCCUGCACAAACAGAGCUAACCCGCAAGGAGUAUAUCUACAAGAAAAUAAUCUCUUAUUUCGACAAAGGAAAGUGUUGGGAGGAAGGCAUUCCUCUCCUAGAAGAGCUUGCCAACCUCUACCGUCGACGUCUGUUCGACUACCAUCGCCUGAGCGAAGUACUCGAGAUGCAGGCUUCUUUCUACCAACAAAUACUCACCGGCAAGCGAUAUGAUAAUGAGUACUUCAGAGUCGGCUUCUACGGCAUGGGAUUGCCGCUUUUUGUUCGGAAUAAGGCGUUCAUUUACCGUGGACUCGAAUACGAACAAAUCGGCGCGUUCACUGAGCGCAUUCAGAGCGAAUUUCCACAAGCCAAGUUGCUGUCGUACAACAUGCCUCCUGACGACGCCACCAAGUCCUCUUCAGACCAGUUUAUUCAGAUCUGUGCGGUGAAGCCGGUGCCGGAGCCACGGCCGGAGUUCGAAGGCGUAGAGAUCGACGAGCGCGUCCUCAAGUACUACAACAACAACAACGUCUACAAGUUCAUCUAUAACAGACCUAACGCUCGCGGCCAUACUGAUAAGGACAAUGAGUUCAAGAACCUGUGGAUCGAGCGCAUCACAUACACGAUCAGCUCGCCCCUGCCUGGCAUCCUGAAGUGGUUUGAAGUGGAGCACCAGAGCGUCGAGCAGAUCUGUCCUCCACAGAACGCCUGUGAGACUGUGCACAACCGCGCCAAGGAGAUCAAGAACACCGUCAGUCAUUACCGUGCUAACCCCAAGGACAACAUUCAACCGUUCACGAUGCUGCUGAAGGGAGCCAUUGAUGCGGCUGUGAAUGGUGGUAUCGCGAUGUAUUUGUCGGCAUUCUUCACCUCCGACUACCUCAGCGAGCACCCCGAGCAUGCGGGCUGGGUGGGCCAGCUUAAACUUCAUCUCGUCACACUCACGAACCUGCUGGAAACUGCGCUGGACCUGCACGGCAAGAUCGCCCCCACAGACACCCUGCCGCUGCACCACAUGCUCAUCGACGUGUUCAAAGGCAUGCAGAACAAAGUGACUCGUCCCCACACCCACAGACGCGCAGACUCCGAUCCUGCCACUGAGUUCCGCAGGAUUGGCUCCAUCAUCAAUUCGCCACUACCGCCGGUGCCGAGUGGUGCGGGCAGCAGCAGCGGCACGUCGCUCUCAGGCUACUCGUCUCAACGAUCCUCACAAUCCUCGUCACUUUACUAUCACAAUUCCGUCUCUCAAGAGGACGACUUCUACUCCAGACCCAUGGAAAUGCGGUGCGAAGAUAGCGGAAACGGAAGCAACGGGGGACGGGAAGGCCGUCCGCGUUCCGUGGUUGUGGGGGGUGACAGCCGGGGGACUUCCCCCCACCCCCUCACCCGCACCACCACCACCAACUCCUACGAGUUUGUUCUCCCUCACCACCACAGUCCCCAGCACUCGAGCAAGGACUGGAAUCAUUCCCAGGAAUCCCUGCCGCCCGUCCCCCCACUCCCCCCUCGAGGGAGUGAUCGCAGCAGCGGACGCUCGAGCGUGGCGAGCGUUCGUCUGGACGAUGCGCCGCCUCCAGUUCUGCCCAAGCGAACCACCUGCUACAAGAAAAUAUCCAACCAGCUGUCGGCACCUUCGAUAUUCGCAUUUGCGGACGACGCCGUGAACGGCACGAGUGUUUUCCACCCUGGCCUCGAAGCCUCUUCUUCGCUCAGCCAAGUCUCACCCCGCAAUGUCCGCUCGCCUCCUCCUCCACCUAUUCCUCCUAAGCAGUUAUCUACGUCAUCCAGCAUGCCCCACACCCCACACUCCCCAAAUGAUUCUGUAGAAUCCUCCCUGCACGGGUCGCGCGAGGACCUCACGCCCCUCGUGUCAGAGUUUGAGAUGAGCGCCAUCUUGGGCACCGAGGGUAGUUUGUUGCUGAUGGACGACGACGUUGCAGACUCGGUGGCCACUGAAAAUUACUCUAUUCCGUUGAGGCUGCGGCAGCCUUAUGCACCAGAACCCCCACACUAAAAUUCUGCUCCACGGCUUUUCGACACGCACUCUAAGGUUUUUUAUUGACGAAUUUAAACCUUCGUGUACAGACAGCACCUCUCGGUCCCAGUACUUUAUGUGCAAAUGACAUUGACGAUGGUUAAUUUAUCCGUAGACAAAGGGUUAAAGCAAUGUUCUGUGACAAUUUGAAACUAUUUAGGAUUAUUGUUUUUCGAUCCUGUCAAAGAAGCAUGUAAAUCGCUGUGAAAGUUCAAACUAUGUAAGUAAGUCCCAGCAGUCACUGAAAGAUCACUUGGAUCCUCUGAGACUAUUAGCUUUUCUUGAGGCGUGUGUAUUUAGCUUGUGAAAGAAGCUAAAUUUCCCUGAGCAGCUUAACACAAGAAAAAUACUCUCUGCCUCAUAAUAUAAUGUGUUAGGUUUUAUACAUGUAAAAUGUAGCCAACGGUCAGUAUUUCGACUCGCUAUCUUCCGGACUGCAUUUCAGCUAUUUUGCUCAGUCAUUUAGAGUCAUAGAUUAUGAAUGAGGUGGAAUGCGUGCCUCUUUAGAACUUUGUAGCUUUUGUGACUUUGACUUGGGUUAGAUUUCAGUCAAUGUGUAUUACUAAGAGAUACUUCACUUAUGGAGGAGUAACUAUAAAGAUCAUAAUUGAUUGCGUAACCUGUUAACUGAAUCCAAAAUUGGAUAUUCGGUUGAGCAGUCUUGGGUAUCUAUAUUGGAUUUUCAUGUUAGCCGACACUAUCUUAUUGGCGUGCACUUGAAACGAAACCCGAGAAUUUCUCCACGAGUGACAGUAUUUACUGGUUUACUUUAGCUACUGUUUUGAAAUGUAUAGCAUUUGCUUCUCCCGGUCAUGUUAAAGCCCUGAGAAGAAGUUCUGACCUUACUUCCUUUUAGAAUCGGUAGCCUACAUUUUAAUUCACUACAUGUUUUUUUCAAUUUCUGCGUAUAUCAAGUGUUGCCUAUUGGAUUCGUGACUUCUGUUUUUAUUUCUAUUAAAUUUUGUUUUAUCAAGACUCGUCCUUGUAAUGUUCAGCGGAUGAUCACAAGGCAUUUAAACUAAUAUAUACGUAUUCAUAUAAUAUUUUGGGUUAUAGGAGGACAUUGCUGUCUUUAAUUUCCAGCUUCAUGCCUCUGUUAUUAGGCCGUUACAGUGUGAUUACAUUUUGGGACGUUUUCUCUUCAGUUUUUCGGCCUUCUUUUAAUCUUCUGUUGAUAAGCUCCUAAUUUUUGUUCUUUUAAACUUUAAUUCCUCUUGUUUCUGUGCCCAUUUGAGCUGCUGUGCAACUUUUUCCUACAAGUAUUUUGUUAUUUAGUUCGGAAGUUAGUUUUUAAUUGCCUUAAUUUACUGUUAUGUUUUUAUUAAAGAAUUUGUCACUAGCAAGUUUGGUCAACAUUUAUUUUUAUAUACGAGUAUGUGUAUAACUUAUGUUUUAUGAAAUGCAUGAUAUUAUUUAUAUAAUCGACUGUAGCUAUUAUUUUUAACUGGUUAAUUGCUCAGCAUGUGACGUGCUAAUUUCACUUUAAAUAUUCACGUAUUAAUUCUCACCUUAAAUAUUUUACCAGCAUUAAUAAUUGAGAAAUGAUGAAGACAUUGCGAUAAUUAAAUUAAAAGUAAUACUAGACUGAAUGAACAUUAUUGAAGUAUUAAUUUCGUUCUUCAUUUGCAUGGUCAAAAUGAAGGAUAUUGCCUUGAUGUUUAUCAUCAUUUGGAAUCAUUAUUGCUCAGCAUCGCAUUUUCAUUCAUUUUCAUUUUUUUAAACUUUGAUAAUAUUCAUUAAAUGUUUGUGCUUUGCGGUGCGUGAUGCACAGAGAGAUUUUGAAUUAGGAUUAAUUCCACACUUGGUUUAAAUAGCCGAAUUUCACUUCUCAUAUGUUUUAAAUCCUUCUAUUUUCUAAUAUAUACUAUAUAUUCUAAUAUAUAUCACUCAAAUGCGCUAAUAUUUUCUCGACAAAAUGAAUGGAUUAAAGUUAAUAUGCUCAGUGAACUUCCUGAUUUAAGUAAUCUGGCUCGAAAAAAAAAACACACGCACAUUUUGAUCCUAAAUACUCGUAUAUCCUUGUAUUUGAAAUGAGGUUUGAAUUUCAAUUCUAAGAAGCAUGAUUGCUCGAGCGAACAAAACGAAAUGAAAUCUUAUGGCGCUGGGAAUUGAAAUCUCAGAGACUGUGAAGGAGGCUGAAGCAUUUUCGUCGCUACCUUGUGAUGCCGUUUCAUUCAAUGAAGCGAUGAAUUAUUAUGAAUUGUUUCUGCAGCUUUUGGAAGACGAAUGAUCUGCUAUAGUUUUAAUUUUUGUCGUAUUGGUACUAGAAUAUUAAGGCUACUCGUGAUUAAUUGUCAUUUUCAGGCAAAAAACUUUUUGAUCAUGCGAUAACCGACAACCCAUUUAAUUUCCUUGUCCAGACGUAUUGUGAUCGCUUUUGAUGCAUUUCUUUGAAAUUUGCGUUCACUCAUUUCAUUCUUUAUCAUCAAGUUUUAUUGAAGAUCUUCUCUGGACUGGCCUUGUGUUCCAACUCGUAUGUUUAUCGUCUCCCUAAAAUGCUACAAAACAAUUAGGUUAACAAUACUAGAUGUACGCCUGAAGUCGAAAUUAAUAGUUAUCUGAAUAUUCUGAACAAGACUCCUCAUAUCUUCCCCUCUUACGCAUAUCAACUCUUCCACAAUCAACGAAUUUCCGACUUUCUAGUCGAUCCCAUUAGGUAAGUAUCGUACAAUAUAAAUUUAAGUCUCCGUAUGAAUAACUUAUUCAUUCACGCAUUUCAGCAUGAUUCAUUCGGUGCCCAUUGAAUUCAUCCUUAAGCUCAUUAAAUUCUCGGCUUUUGGUUGUUGUUCAUUAGGCAAGUCGCGCUGAGUAGCUCUUGUUGCAAUAUUAAAUUAGAUUUUAAUGAGAUUAUUUCAAAUGACACGCUCCUUGCGGUUCUACUUGCGUGAGAAAACGAUGGAUUGCAUUUCCCAAUCAAACGGUUUAAACGAGUUCAAAAAGUUUUAUUUUUUUUAAUAGUAGCUCUUUAAACGCAAUUUUGUCGUCAAUUUACUUUAUUAAUUUUUUUACGAACUAAGCUUCAAUUAAUUUUCAAUUCCCUAACAUAAGGUAGGAUAUAGAAAUUAUUCUUAUAUAAAAUCGUAUCUUCGGGUAUAUCGAUAAUAAUUAAUGAUAUUCGCCUACGGUAUACAGGCAGAGAUUUGGCUGCCAGAUGUCGACUUAAUCCGUUCCUCAUCUGUUGCGUUUCAUUGACUUUAAUGUUAAGGUGCAUUGUCGAAAUUUUGUCCGCUUACCGCCACAAAAAAUGUCUAUUUUAUCGAGGUGAUUUUGAUGGAAUACUACAGCUACUCGCCGCUACUAGAAUAUUUCUAUUGCGUUCUGUGUACAAGUUUACGACGGCUUCAUGUUGCCUUUUUAAUUGUCUUUAACUUCGAUUAAUUUUAAGUGAAGCGUACCAAAGACACGAGUUCCUCGCAUUCCUAUUCCAGUGUUGCUCGAAAUUUUGUGGAUUUGAAGUUUGUCUUAUGUUUUUAAUUUUCGUCCCGAUUUCAUUUUAUGUCGAGUGCUACAUUUCAACUGAUAUACGGUUUCACGUUUUUUUUAGUGUCGAAACCUAAAAUUGCGUUCACAACGUCUUUUGAAUUAAUGUUCUCUCAACACCGCCGUUGAUAUUGAAUUGACUUUUUUAAAGUAACCUUUUUGAUGGGCUCAACGAGACGGUCAUGUUGGAUUACAGGAUUAUUGUAGCGCCAAUAAUCAAAAGUUAGCUCCGUUAGUUGUAUUCAUAAUUUACUUUCUCUAGUCUGCAUUUUGUAAAUUUUAUGUUUUCGUUUGUAUAGUAGUGUAUAAAAUUCUAAUUGCUCGUCUGUUUGCUCUGAACCAUUGUCAAUAUUUGGCUGCUGUACCAAUUUACCAUCUGAUCAGUUGGCCAGCUGUAACCAGUGCAUAUGGCAUCUACCCUCUUUCAUUGUGUUAGAAAGUACGAAUGUUUCGUCAAGUACAACUGUAUAAAGAAUAUUUGUGUAGCAUCUACAGACGGAUAUUAUCUAGUGCUACUCCUAAAUAUCCUAUACCAAAAAUUUUACUUUCACGAUACCAACAAAGACCCAUGCUCCUACGAUUCCUUGUUACGAUCCUAGUUUGCUGUAUGAGCAGGAUGCAUAUAUUCUUUUGUUAGUUUUCCAGUCUAAAUGUCAAAUUGUGUAUGAAACAAAUGUUUGAUGAUAGACACCAGUGCAGCUAUGAACCAUGAGGUUUUGCCAUCACCUAAUUUAUGUUCAAAUUCAACAAGCGUCGCUAAAAAUUAGGCCAGGUUAUUCUAAAUUCAUAUGAAAAGGCCUCUUCUGACGCGUGUCGUUGUUCACUUGGAGUUUUGUUGCACUUUUCUUAACUAGUAAAUUUGUUCGAGAGCGCCUCGCUACAGAGCUCGCGCUCUCUGAUGCGAGUUGGAAUUUCUUGUGCUGCAGGAUUUGACGGCAAUGUUUCUAUCGUGCGGGACCUUAUGUAAGAGAAACAUUGACCAUUGUGUAUGAGAUCUGAUGUUAGAUUAUCUUAAUUUUUGUUGUUCGCCUGUACUUUCUUGGUUUAUCAACCCUCAAAAAUGUAAAUAUCUUUGCAUUGGUCAUUUAUAUACCUUUGCGUCACCAUCCGCUAAUUUUGAUUGAUUUAUAUUUGUGACUUCCGCAGCGAGAUGGUUUUAUAGCUGACACGCUAGUCAAGCAUUAUAAUAUACACAAAAAUUCGAUUUUUUACUUUGUUGCGCGCGGCUGCUGGGGUGAAGAAGAUCUAAAUUUUAAUGUAUUCUGCCUGCCGCCAAUUUUGAAUUGUGCUCCUGUGCCUGAAUUGAACGUAACCCCGGGCGUAUUGAACUGACUAAAGGACCGGUUUUUUUUAGGCGGAACAAUGGCCAGCUGUCGGCCGGCUACCGACAUCAUUCAGGUUUGAAGAAAAAAUAUUAUAUCCAUUACUUUAAACGUUGCCGUCCGCGUGUCGUUAACCUUCUCAUCCUCUCAUUUUGACGAAAUCUACUAAUAUUGUGCAAUAUAAAAAUUUGCGCCAAUGCAGAAUACAAUUUGCGCUGGUAGAGUCAAAUUUACAUCGAUACUUGAACUGUGUUUUUGCAUGCAGGCUAAGAAUGUGUGUUGUGAUCAUUAUUUUCAUUUCAAUGGCACCACACGUAAUAAAACUGUGUGGGAAUCGCAUAUCGAAUAAAAAAUUUUCAUGUGCUUCGCGUUGCAUACCUCGAUUGCAAAAAAAAUGGGUUGAUUUGUAUCGCCAAAGUCGGGGUUGUCUCCUGUCCUGACUUGAAAUGGUGCUGGUUUAUCUCAACCCGCACACUUGCAUCAAACGUACUCUACUUCCUGUAAAAACUACGUACCUUCUUACUGUAUAAUAUUAGCGGUAUAAUUUCGAUCAGAAUUAAUGUGCCAUUAA